GCGUGUUGAGUCCUGCCCUGCGCGCUGUUCUCACACCACACUCACAUGUCGCUGUGAUCGGCUGAGCCCGUCCUGUCCUCCACUCCUCUCUCUGUGGGAUCAUUUCUGCUGCUGCUGAAGUCUCUCUGGAUAUUUACACGUCUCUACAGGCUGGCUCUCAUCGCCUCCUAGUGUGCAGCCCGGGUAUUGAAACAAUGUGAUUUUGGGGGGGUGGAAAAGACUCCAACCACAGGAAAUCCUAUUUGAUAGCAUCAAAAGAAACAGCAGCUGACUGCCUCUGUCUUCUCAAGUUUUCAAUACAGAGAAAGAAUGCACAGUCUGAGGACUUUAUGACACUUUGUCUGUGGAUCUAAUCUUUAAAUCAAACAACAGAAAGAAAAGAAAACCCCAAAUAUGGCCACAGAGUCUUUUCAUGCUGCCUAUGCUGCUGUAGCUCCGUCCACCAUCCCCAUGACCCCCUCCACAAGGAACCUGCUGAGGAUGUUUCGUGAGUACCAGAGUAACGCUGUGAUCUUGCAGCACUACAACUUCACAGGCAAACUGCAGGAGAACAAGUACAAAGAAGGACUCAAACCAGAGGCCAUUGCCUUUCUGCUGGUGUGUGUGCUCAUAGUCGUAGAAAACGCUGUGGUGCUUCUGGCGAUCUGGAAGAACAAGAAGUUCCACCUGCCCAUGUACUACCUCCUGGGCAACCUGACUCUCUCCGACCUGCUCGCAGGCUUCACCUACAUGGUGAACAUCAUAACAUCCGGCGCCAACACUUUAAGCAUGACCCCGGUGCUGUGGUUCCUGAGGGAGGGGGGCGUGUUCAUCAUGCUGGCCGCCUCCGUCAUCAGCCUGCUGGCCAUCGCCAUAGAGCGUCACGUUACCAUGGUGAGGAUGAAGCCGUACCAGGGGGACAAACAGGGGCGGAUGUUCGCUCUGAUCGGCGCCAGCUGGGUGCUGUCGGUGUUCCUGGGCGUCCUGCCGGUCCUGGGCUGGAACUGUAUGGGCCAGCUGGACCAGUGCUCCACGGUCCUGCCGCUGUACGCCAAGAGCUACAUCCUCUUCUGCAUCACCAUCUUCAGCGCCAUCCUCAUGUCCAUCGUGGUGCUGUACGUCCGCAUCUUCCGCAUCGUCAAGUCCAACACCCAGCGCCUUGCUUCGGUUCCGCAGCGCAAAGGCCUCUACAGGAAGUCCCAGAAGUACAUGGCCCUGCUGAAGACGGUCACCAUUGUCCUGGGAGUCUUCAUCAUGUGCUGGCUGCCGCUCUUCAUCCUCCUCCUGCUGGACUUCUGCUGUCCGGCCAAACAGUGUGGCGUGCUCUUUAAGGCGGACUAUUUCCUGGGCAUCGCCAUGUUCAACUCCCUCCUCAACCCCAUCAUCUACACGCUGACCAGCAAGGACAUGAGGAAGGCCAUCCUCCGGCUGCUCUGCCGACACUGCCUCCUGACUAAGGACGGGCAGGUGAAGAAGAUCGGCAUGGCCUUCCUGGAGUGCAGCACCAGCAAGGCGGACGCAGCCUCUCACAGACUGGAGGGAGUGGAGACGACCGUGUCCUCCGGUAACUUUACACCCUCUCCCAUCAAAGCCAUUUACCCCAGGAUGUCUAAAACAUGACCGCUUAACUGAGAGCAAGGACUCGGACAAAAGACUUGGCUGCUUGUCUCUAAUCUGAGCUGCACCUGAGCUCCAGGUGAGUUAACAGUGCACGACAGGAGCUGAAGGUUUGUGUUGCACUCUGCCAGGCGUGAACGGAAUAAACUGGACGUUUAAAUUGGGAGAAAGACAUUAACCUUGAGAGUUUUCUCAUCACAAAAAGCAGAAAUGUCAGAGCCUCAAAAGUAGGCGUCAGUUUCCUGUGGAAAAAAAAAAUUACAUUUAUUUCUAAGACACUGAAAACAGGGCCAGUAUUAAAAAAUAUCAUUUCAUUCUAUCAGUUUUCCACAUGAAAUGAAAUCAAAGACUAUGCAGACAUGAAUGCAGCUAAUUACGCUGUACAUCUGAUAAACUGGGCCCGAAGCCCGAGCAUGAGGGUUUGUCCUUAUCUCCUCUCCCUGUGUAGCACAUAAUGACAUGUUGUUACAAACACGGAGCAUCCACACCCAAAACCUGCUGCCAAACCCAUGUAAUUUCUGCCAUGUGAGUUUUGGUCAGCAGCAGUGCAGGGUAGAGGUCCCCUCGGCCGAGAUCAGAGGCUCAGUGGCCUGGAGACGCACUGAGGACGUCAUACGGAGGGCUGCGCAGAGCGGUUUGCAGCUCUGGAGGUCCCCUCACAACACAUGUAGCGACACAUGAUGAAUGACUUAAAGCAAUAAAGCAGACAGUGGAGGUUUGUUGACGCCUUCUUGGUCUGACGGCGAGUAUCACAGUGAUGUGCUGUAGGUCCUGCACAAACAUUUCAAGUGGAAACAGACAACUUUUAAACUUUUCCCCUCUCAUAUUUCAAAGUGGUAUUAAUUUCAGUUUCAGUGUGCUUUAUUGGCGCCAUUGUCAGGUGAACAAUACUGCCAGAGUGUCCAGGAUAACAUUAUCGUUGGCGCAGCUGUUGCAAAAACAACAGGAUUGCUUUUCGUUUCUCCUCAGAGCCUACCAUCUACCAAAGAGUUUCCAUGGUUAUUUCUGUGGUUCCCAUGGAUGUAUAAAGAGAACUGGAGAACUGUCGCUCCAGUGUCUGAUUUCGUGACAUUCAACACAACAGCGUCGGCCUCUAGUGAGACAUACAACAUACACAUUGACAGUGCUUUCUAAAUAACAAUAAUAAUAAUAAUAAUAAUAGCAUUAACAUGUCGGUAUGGAGCUCCCAGAUCUCAUUGUUUUCCCAAAUUGGGGACAUUUUUGGCGGCUGUUAUUCUUUCAGUUAGCUGCUAACAGCUCCUUUAAAAACUCCUGCAAUGGGUAGCACACAUAACAUGUCGUCAAAAGUCACAUCUGUGCCGCCCAUGAACCCAUCAGACAUCAAUUCGGCUCUGUAACCACCUUCGUUACUAGCGAGACAACUCUGUCCCCCUAUUCCGCGAUUGUACCUUUCAUACAGAACGACGACGCGGCAUAGCGGUGUGAAAUUCUCGCCUUGAAGAGGCAGUGUAAAAAAGGCUUCUGAAAGUUACUCAGUGGUGCCGGAAGCCAAAAAAGUUUGACUAAAAUUAUUCGGAUCUUCCAUAUCGUUGGGCCCAUAGAGCAAACGCACCUGAGACUUCUACGGACUGAGCUAGCCACUUCGCCUUUAGCGCUUUCAGGGUUCCUACGGCUUAAGGCAAAACUUUUUGAGACUUUAAUGAAUUAAAUUUAAGACCAAUUCUUUACAAUGACCUAAAGUGAAAAAAAAUACGAAGUGAAAUUAGUUAUGAAGGGCGAGAAACAUUUUUAUAUAAAACGUUUAGUGUGACAUAAAACAUUACUUUUUGGGAAACACCUUCCAUUACUACUUGGACUCUUGAGUAAUUUACAGAAUGCACGUGGAGCCAAGAAAGUUCAACUUCCAUGUCGCAUUUUUAAGACUAUUGAAAGAUUGAUUUAAGAUGUUUUAAUACCAAUCAAGGCCUUUUUGUUAGAUUAGUGAAUCUGCAGGAACCCUGCUUCCGCUGACUUGAAUGUGGCUAACUGAUUUAAUCGUGUGACUCAUCUAGACUUAAGAAAUGUUAUCAGACUGAAUGGAUCAAACCCUGAUCAUGAAACGAGUCAUUUAACCGGGGUUGUGACUCUCAGAAAUACGUACCCACUGAUUUACAGGCGUCUCUCUCACAAUGUAGACCAAUGGGAAAGUCUUUUGGGCCCAUGGCAUCAUGGGGCAGACCCACAGGUUGUAACUCCACAGUUUGGUCACUAUGUCAAAUUGGCUUCAAAGCCCGGUGCUGUUUCUGGGGUUUGGUUGCGCCACUGUCCACCAUUUCCUCUCUAGGGGAUGGUGACUGCAGAGAACUUAUAUUAAUACUCUUUUGGUAACUUGGGAAAGCUCCUGGGAAAAACAAAUGUUUUGUCCUCCUCCUGUUGUGGUUGCACGAUGGUUGACGCACUUCCUUUAUGCCGAAACUCAAGCCCUCAGAUCGAAUCUGGUGGCACACAGGAAGUGAAUGCGAAGCUUAUAGGGGAUCAACCUAAACACAGAUGGCGUCAUUAUUCUACAGCCGUUAUCUGUGCAAUCGACAUUUAAUUCAUAAGUUAAAGCAAAAAAAAAAACUCUUUCUAGUUGGAGAAAGUUUCCCAUGAAAUGAUAUGAAUCUGUUUUUCCGGUGAAAGAGCUCAGAUAUCA